AUGGAAUUUAUUCCUCAAGAUAAACUUUUAAAAAUUAAGCCGGACACUCUGGAAGUUAUCCGGGAUGAGAUCAACCUGGGUAAACCAGGAGAGAUGAAUACCGCUGUCAAGAUCCUUAAGGAGUGGGUACAGCAACAACCGCAUUUUAAAAAGAAGGAUUUUGGUGAGCAUUUUCUAGAAACGACCAUUCUUUCGGGAAAAGGAUCCAUUGAACGAGCGAAGAAACAGAUAGAUAGAGUGUGCACGUUGAGGUCAUUAUGGCCACGAUUUUUUGGGGUUCGUGAUAUUAGAAAAGAGUUUGCAGAUAUAUUUGCAAUCGGACAUUUCGGAGUACUGCCUGAAGUAAAUGAAAAUAACCACAGAGUGUUUGUCGCUCAAGUGAAUGGAAACAUUUUAAAGUCAUCACAAUUAUUCAAUUAUUAUAGAUAUGCAAUAUGUUUUGGAGAGUACAUGAAAACGCACGAUUACUAUGUCAGCUAUCAAUACAUCGUGGAUCUGAGACAAACCGAUAUGACGGCGUUCUUAGCUGCCUGUAACCCCAUUGAGAUGAAACAAGCACUAACUAUAUUAAUAGAAUGUUACGGAAUCCGAUUUAAAGGGCUGCAUUUUAUUACCAACUCAAAACACCUUAUAGAUAUGUUGAUCACAAUAUUAAAACAAAUAUUGAAGCCGAAGAUAAUUCAGCGGCUACACCACCAUGCUACUUGCGACAGCUUGGCAAAUUUAAUCGGGAAUGACUAUUUACCCGUGGAACUGGGCGGGACGGCGGCCUCCAUGCAGGAUAUACAUAAUAAAUGGGUAGAAGUUCUGUCUUCGAAGGAGAACAUGGAGUAUUUGCGUGCAAUGGAUGAUGUUGGUACUAACGAAGAACUCAGACCUAAUGUUCGGUUUAACGAAGAAUAUGCAGGUGUCACUGGCACUUUCAGAUUUUUAAGCGUUGAUUGA